CUGAUAACCACAUCACCUAUUUAAGGCUAUUUUUAUUAGUCACUCUAUUUUUGUAGGUCGUGACUUUACGCCACUUGACUACAAAGAGCUCGGGAAGAGACAUGAUCUAUUUGAUAUCCCCUCAAUUCAAUAUUCAUAGUUCUGCUGCCCAGUGCUCCGGAGAAGGUUUCUAUUAUCUCAAAGGGGAAGCUGCUGUACUAGAGCUAGCACUGAUACAAUAUGCCAUGAGUAAAGCCAUCAAGAAUGGGUAUUAUCCUAUAGCUACACCAGAUGUCAUUAGAACACACGUGGCUGAUAGGUGUGGCUAUCAAGCUCGUAGUGGUGAAAACCAGUAUUAUUUACUUGCUAAUGAGGAUAAGUGUUUGAGUGGGACUGCUGAAAUCCCACUAGCAGGAAUGUAUCUUAACAAAAAUGUAUUAUACAGUGAUCUACCAAUAAAGCUUGUUGCUUUUGGUAGAUGCUUUAGAGUUGAAACUGGUGGUAGAGGUAGAGGUGAAGGAAGACUUUAUAGAGUCCACCAAUUUUCAAAGGUCGAGCUCUUUGGUUUAACAGCGAAUGAAGACGGAACUGAGAGUGAGGAACUCCUUGAUGAAAUGGUGACACUCCAGAAGGAGAUCAAUACAGAACUGGGCCUUCAUUGCAGGUAGUGUACUUGUACUUCAUGGAGUGUCAGAAAUCCCUGUACAGGGACUUUGACGUCAGAAAUAUAGUGACUUUGUCCUGAUUUUGAGUAACUUA